CGUCACUGACCUCGGCUCUCUUCAUCUCAUCUCAAUUUCCACCAGCUCAUUACUUUUUUCCCCCAAGGAGAAAACAUGUCCUUUGUUCAGAGUAAGCGUCCAACAGCCUGCAUAGACUGUGCGUAAGGGGGUGGAGCAGCAGUGUCUAAACCACAGAAACUUCUUGUCCUAGAAGAAUAUUUUGCACCGAACCCGACCACGGCGCGCGGACAGGCCGUGCGGCUGACAGCGGACCCCGCCGGCGAGCGGUUCGUGUACGCCAGCGGCAAGACUAUCGUUAUCCGGUCGCUCGCGGAUCCGUCGCAGGCAAGCGAGUACACGGAGCACCUAGCGGCGACAACGGUGGCGCGGUUCUCCCCGUCGGGCUACUACGUGGCAUCAGGCGAUGUGUCCGGCAACGUGCGGAUCUGGGACUCGGUGAAUGCCGAGCAUAUGUUGAAGAGCGAGUUCCGGCCGAUCUCGGGGCGCAUCAGCGACAUUGGGUGGGACGGCGACAGCCAGCGCGUGUUGGCGGUAGGCGAUGGCAAGGAGCGAUUCGGACACGUGUUCUCGUUCGAUUCGGGUAACUCGCUGGGCUCGAUUGACGGGCACAGCAAGCCGAUCAAUGCGUGCAGCAUGCGGCAGAGCCGGCCGAUGCGUGCAGUCACCUGUUCGGAUGACGGUACGUGUGUGUUCUUCCACGGCCCGCCGUUCAAGUUUGACAAGACGCUGAAGGACCACACGGGGUUCGUCAAUGACGUGCGGUAUGCGCCCGGCGACGCGUAUUUUGCCAGCGUGGGCUCGGACAAGAAGAUCUUCCUGUACGAUGGCAAGACCGGCGACCUGGUGCGGCAGGUGGCUGCGGACUGCCAGGACGCGCAUACGGGGUCGAUCUAUGCAGUAUCAUGGAGCCCCGACGGUAAGUUCCUUGUGACGUCGUCGGGUGACCGCACGUGCAAGUUCUGGGAUAUCGAGGCCGACAAGCUCGUGCAUACCGUCGCGGUUGGCAAGGGCUCGACAGCGCCCGACCACCAGCAGGUCGGUAAUGUGUGGGCAGGCUCGCACAUCAUUUCGCUGUCGCUGUCAGGCGACAUCAACGUGCUGAGUCUCGAGUCGCCUGAGCCUGUGCACGUGGUCACCGGCCACCAGAAGGCCAUCACAGGCGCAGCGCUGACACCGUCGCAUGUACUGUACACGGGCAGCUAUGACGGCAAGGUUUGUGCCUGGGACUUUGGCUCUGACGCGCCGGGAAUUGCAGCCAACGUCUCUGGUACGAUGGCCAACGGGCAGAUCAGGGCCAUGGCAGCUGCGGCCGAUUCGCGCGUGGCAGUCGGGUUCCUCAACGACUCGGUACAGUUCGUCAGCAAUGCGCAGCUCGCGGGCGGCUCCUCGAUCGGACUGGGGGCAGCACCCCGCUCAUUGGCAAUCUCCAGCAGCGGCGACGCGAUCGUCGCAGUGCUCGAGAACGACGAUCUGGUUGUGGCACGCAAUGGACACGCUGCCAAGGUCGCUGUGGCCGAGACGCCAUCGCUGCCCAGGGCCGCUGCCAUCACACCCUCGAACGGACUGGUCGCUGUGGGCUUCCAGGACGGCUCGGUGCGCACCUACAAGCUCGACGGCUCGGCGUUGGUAUUCACGGGUGCAGUGGUGACGCGCAACAGCCGCGAGAUCACGGCGCUGCGAUUCUCGCCCACCGGCGACCUGCUGGCGAUCGGCGAUGCCGGCGGUAAGAUCAUGCUGGUCAAUGCGGCAUCGGGCGAUCUCGUGACGUCGCGCUGGGCAUUCCACACCGCGCGCAUCUACUCGAUCGCCUGGGCUCCCGAUGGCGCGCACGCCGUGUCGGGCAGCUUGGACGGACACGUGAUCGUCUGGAAUGUCGCCGCGCCCAUGAAGAAGAUCCACAUCCGCAACGUCCACCUGGGCGGCGUAGCCGCCGUCGCGUUCCUCUCGAACGACUCGAUCGCUAGCACUGGCGCCGACGGCAGCGUCAAGGUCUUUGAUCUGACGUAUUAAAUGGAGGAGUAUUAUUUCAUUUCACUUUCUGCAAAAUAAACAAAAAAGCACUGGUGUCUUCUAUAU